AUGAAUUUCGAUCUGCCUGCCCCCUUAGUCGCCCACCUUGACUCCGUGGACAAAUUCAUCCACUCGACCAUCCUUCCUCUCCAGCACUCCGAAGACAAUAACCGUUUCUUCGAUCAUCGCCGCGAGUAUGCCCGGACAGAUUGGGUUAAGGGCGGCCUCCCAUCGCCAGAAUGGGAGGAUUUACUAAGCCAAGCUCGCCGUCUUGCUGACGAAGCCGGAUUCUUCCGCUUUGCCCUCCCAAAAAUCUAUGGUGGACAAGGCCACCCGGACACUAACCUAUGGAUGUCCGCCACGCGCUUCCACAUGGCCUCCCACCCGACGUACGGUGGUGGUCUAGGGCUCGCUAAUGACCUGCAAAACGAACACAGCAUCGUCGGCAAUUUUCCCGAUAUCCUGAUGCUCCACCACUUUGGGACGGAGGAGCAAAAACUCAACCUUAUCCCCGCGCGACUCCACGGGGAAUUUCGCACCACCUUCGGCCUCACGGAGCCCGACCACGGCAGCGACGCGACCUUCAUGUCGACGACAGCGACGCGUGUGCCGGGCGGGUUCAAAAUCAGUGGUGCGAAGAAGUGGCAGACGGGCGCGCAUCACUGCACGCAUAUGAUCAUCUUCGCGAGAACGUCUGGCCCAGAUGGAUCCGCGAAGGGCAUCACGGCAUUCCUGGUUCCCCGGGAGACAGAAGGGGUUGAGAUCGCCAGCUACGAGUGGACCUUGAAUAUGCCCACAGACCACGCAACGGUAACCCUGAACGAGGUGUGGGUGCCCGAGUCGGCGGUUCUAGGGGUCAUUGACCAGGGGUUGGCGAUUGCGCAGACCUUUGUGCAUGAGAACCGCAUCCGACAGGCGGCCAGCUCGUGCGGAGCGGCCAAGUUCUGUCUCGAGCGUGCCAUCGAGCGCGCACGCAAUCGAACGAUCUGGGGCGAGGGAAAGAAGUUGGCAGAUCACCAGGCGGUGCAGUUUCCGGUUGUGGAGCUCAUGACCCAGGUGGAGAUGUUGCGGUUGUUGAUCCUCAAGACGAGCUGCGACAUGGAUCGGGUGGUGGCCGAGGCAACGGACAAGCCGUGGAUCGCGAUCGAAAGACGGUUGAGUGAUAAAGUCGCCAUGUGCAAUUUCUGGGCGAAUCGGUUGUGUUGUCAGGCUGCCGAUCAAGCGAUUCAGAUUCAUGGUGGUGACGGUUACUCGCGCCACUACCCAUUCGAACAUAUCUAUCGGCAUUUCCGCCGGUAUCGCAUCACGGAAGGCGCAGAGGAGAUCCAGAUCCGCAAGGUUGCGGCAUAUUUGUUUGGAUUCAAGGGAAAGGCCGGGCGUGAAAAGGCAAAGACGAAGCUGUAG